AUGUUUUCAUUCAUCACUAAGACAGCCACUGCUCCAUUGAGAAGUGUUAGAUGCUUCCAUGUGUCAUCUUUCAGACCAAACUUGGUUCAAGACUUAUAUAUAAAAGAGCUCAAGGCAUUUAAGCCAAAGCCUCUUACUGAAGCAGAUGCCCAGGAAGCCACAAUGCCAUGGAAGUUGCCCCAGGCUGCAAAGGCACCAGCUUUAGAGGCUGAGGGUGCCGAUGCUUUGGCCGAAUAUGAAUCUUCAAAUGUUGAAGUUUCCACUCCUAAGGCCAAGGGCACUCCCGAGGGAACUCAGGAGAAUUACAACCCAGACGACUGGUUUGUUUUCGAGGAGGACAAGGCUUGA